AUGGUAUGCCUCAAACUCAAAGACCUCAUCAACAAGGUCGGACCGAAACACAUCAACGAGGCCGCACAAUACACCUGCUCAUCGGGGACAUACUACUCCUCCCUUCGACAAAAUUAUUGUCAAAAUCACGCUCUCAGCCGCCAAGAAGACUACGACCCCAAGCUCCCCGCCGAACCCCCAACAUCACCAGACCUCAUCUCAGAAUACCGCUACCCGCAUCUGCGCGCCCUACGCACCGACGUAGAGAUAGGAGACGGGCUCUGGCUCUGCUGCCACUGCCACUGCCACCAACAUCCUCAUCCACCACACUGGCACCUUCCCCUUCAAACACCUGACGUACGCCCACUGUUCCUCGCUCCUUUAUCCCUCCUGCCUGACCAGCAAAAUCCCCUCUCCGCUGCCGUAGGGUGUGGUGCACGCCCCCAACCUUAG